AUGAAUAAGGUAUUAUUAAAUAUCCUUAGACAGACUAAAAUAUUUAUAAACAAAAUAUAUAUUAGUCUGAUAUUUCUUCAGAGUUUGGUGUUUUACAACAUACCAAUAAAAAGUAUCGAUAUAAAAGAUAUAAACAUCGAGUUUGAUUUGAUUAAUAAAAUAAUUAAUUUUUUUCGGAAAAAUAAAGUAGCUAUAAAUAAUGUGAAUACAAAUAAACAAAAAAAAAAAAAUAAUAUACACAUUAAGUCUAUAAAUAUAAUACUUGACUUUGAAGAUUAUGAGACAUAUAAUUCAUAUUAUAAUAUUUAUCGAAAAUUAAUAUCAGAGGAAAAGAAGAAAUGGGGAAUUGUCUAUAAUUUUUUUUAUUAUAUUUUUGUUUUUCUUUUAAAAUUAAUUAUAAAAAAUUAUUACAUAAAUGUAGAAAAAAUUCAAGUCAAAAUAUUUUAUAAUUAUAAACAUAGACAUAGUAAAAUUUGUGAUAAUAUAAAAGCCAUAUCCAAAGGAAAGACUAAAUAUUAUUUUAUAUUUCGAGAUAUAUCUAUUUUUACAAAUAAUAAUAUAGGAAAAGAAUAUGAAUAUAACAACUCACAAAAAUUCAGUGAUACACAUAAAGAGAAUAUAUUUGUUCAAAAAAAUGAAUUAAUCCCAAUAAAUACAAAAACAAAUCAGAGUGAUGAUAAAGGAAAUAAUUGUGAAAAUUCAGAUUCUCAUAAAUAUUUACUUUUUUGUAAAGAAUUUAAUAUACUUAAAGAAAGCAAUAAUGGAAAAAGGGACGGAGGGAUAAAAAAAAAACUAUUUUUUAUAAAAAACAUUUUUUACUAUUUUCAGGAAAAUCAAAUAUUAAUUCCGCUCAUAUAUAUUAAUUUAAAAGAAUGUGAGUUUAAAGAAAUUAUGUUUUUAUCACAUAAUACAAAAAUAGAUUAUUAUUUAAAAGAUUUAAUAAAUGUUGCAAAGAAAAGCAAUUUCACAAAAAAAAUAAACGAUAGUAAUGGAAACUAUAAGGAGUAUAAAAAUAAAUAUGAUUUUUUUUUAAAUUUAACAAUUUACAUAAACAAGGCAUUUACUAAUAUUAGCCUGAAAGAUAAUAUAAUAAAAGCUGUAAUUAAUUCAACCCUUUUAAACAUUAAAAUAAAUGAAUAUUAUGAUACUAAUUAUCAAAUUAGCGAUAUCUUCAAAAGAUCGACUAAUAAUACUAUAUCAGAUAAUCCAAAUAGAAAAUAUAAUAGUACCGAUUUUGAACUUUCAUUUAUGUCUUUUCUUAUUUAUACUGAAAAAAAUUUAAUUUCAUUAAAUUUGAAAAACAAAAAUAAAGAAAAAAAAUAUAUGAAUUUGUGUGAGGCCUUAUAUAAUAAUAAUCCUCAAAAUAAUUUAUUAUUAAAUGAAGAAAUUGAUAAAUGUAAUUUAAAAUAUAAUAUAAAUAAUUUCAAUUUGGUAUAUUAUAAAUAUAGAAAAUUUCUUAACAUGAAAAAAGAAAAUGAAGAAAAAAUAAAUGUUUUCAAAAAAAACUAUAAUAAAUGUGAUAUAAUUUUAACCAACAUAAUUUGUAUAUUUGAAAUUGUAAAAUGUAUAGAUGUUUAUAAUUUGAUUCAAAAGCGCUUUUUACAACGAACAUAUUUAAGUGAACUAAUAAAAAAUAAUAAAUUUUCCUUAUCAACAUAUAUUAUAAAAUACACACCAUUUAUUUGUAUUCGAAAUAUUUUUCUUUAUAUAAAUAAAAAUAUCGAUAAACUUGAUAUACUAUAUAGUAAUGUGAUUUUAACAAAUAGAGAAGAAGAAUUGAGAUAUUACAAUAAUACUGUCAUAAAUUUUAGAGAAGAAAUAAUAAAAAUAAAAAUUAAAGAAAUAUGUAAUAUUAAAGGUAUUAAGAAAAACUAUACACCGAUAAAUAUCGACGAAAUUAACGAGAAUGUUAUAAAACAAAAUUAUAAUAAUGAUGAAGAUAAUAAUCAAUGUUGUUUUUUUUCUUCUGAACAAUAUAAUUAUGAACAGAAUGCAAUAGAUAGUUUCGAUUUUUUAGUGAAAGAUAUUAUUGUUAAAAGUGCUUAUUUAGAAAAUAAUAUUUUAUAUGAAUAUAAUUUAAAUGAUAAUAUAAAUAUUGUUUUAAAAAUAAAAAACAAAGAAAAUGAAUAUGGAAUUGUUACAAUAUAUCUACAUACUUCUACAUGGUAUUUAUUACCUGAACAUGUUAAUUUUUUUUAUUAUAUAUACUCCAUUUAUUGCACCCACAUGAAGAAAUACACACACUUACUAAGGAAUCCUAUGAGAAAAAAAAUAAAGCGAGUAACAGAAAAUAAAAGAAACUUUCCAUUUUUUGUAAAUGUUAUAGCAAAUAAUUGUAAUAUAAACUUAUUUUGCAUAUCUGAAGAUUUUAAAGCAAAUACUAUUGGCACAAAUGUAGGAACAAAACGAGUUAUCCACACAUGUAACAGUGUUAUAAAUAAUAAACUAAUUACAGUGAAAAAUGAAAUGUGCCCAAAAAAAAAAUUAAAACCUAUUAAAAUAUCAUUCAAUUUAAAAUAUAUAUUAAAAAUAGAAUCAGAAAAAGAGGAAAUACGAAGAUUUUUCUUUAAAUAUUACAACUAUUUUUUUCUUGGUAAUGUGAAUAUACGAUUUAAUUAUUACAAAAAUUUGUUAAAAAACGUAUUAGAAUUUAAAAAGGAGAGAGCAAGAAAAAAAAAAGACAAAAGCUUUUUUUACAUGAACUGUCAAGGUAAAAUGGAAAAUAAUUAUGACUUGUUAAUAAAAAUUGUUAACAAAAAUAUUUAUGUAAAUAUAUUUAAUAAAGCCAAAAUACUUUUUAUAAAUUGUAUUAUAUAUCAAAUAUACUUAGCAACUCGAAGAAUAAUAUAUUUGCAGGAUUCUAUUAAUUUGAGAAUGAAAGAAUCUAUAAAAAAAAUUAGAUUGAUAAGAAAAAAAAGGAAAAAUAACAUUUAUAAUGUAUUAUUAAAAAAGUUAAAAUAUACAAUUAAUCAUAUUGGUGAUACAGAAGAAAUUAAAAAUAAUUCAGAAAAUAAUUACACACUAGAUAGUAGUUACAAUUAUAAACAUACAAUAUAUAGAAACAUAAAAAAAUAUUGUAAUAGUUAUGAAAUAUAUAAAAAUAAUUUUUUAAAUAAAAUAAAGUCUAAAUAUAAUAAUUAUAAAUCACUAAAAUAUUUAAUACAAAUAAAAAUUAAAAGCAAAAUACAUUUUAUAUCAUUUUUUGACGAUUUGUGUAUGACUGAAUUAAGAAGUUUAAAAAAUAGUAAUUUCCAAAAAAAUCAAUACAUAAUAAAUUUGGAUACAAAUGUUUGUAUUUAUUAUUUUGAUUUAUUAUGUAAAAAUAAUGUGAGAAAAAAUAAUUUUUUAAAAUUGUACAUUGAUUUUUAUAAGUUGCAAUUAAAUAAGUAUACAAGUUUUAAUAAAAUAUAUAAUGUACUAAGUUUUAUGAAAAACAUAAAAAAAAGACAUGAACAAGGUAAGGAAUUUUCGUUCUUUUCUACCAAGCAAUUAUGUAAAAUAUUUUCACAUCGAAAUUUGGAUCAUAUAAUAAAUGAUGAAGAAAACAAAGGGUAUUUUACAAUAACAUCAGAAAUAAAAAAUUUUGAUUUUUUCACCAAAUUUUAUAGUUAUGCUAAAAAGGGUGAAAAACGUGAUAUUUUUUAUAAACAUAGAAAAAGUGCAAAUGUGUUUAAUACUAAUACAAAAAUAUAUGGUAAUAAAAUAUAUUUAUUAUAUAAGACAAAUGAUUUUUUUACUUUUUUAAAUAAAUAUUUUCUUAACGAUUUUUUGAAUUUAUUUUCAUCAAAGCAUAGUUGUGAAAUCAAAGUUGUAAAUUUUAAAAAAAAUAAUUAUAGCCAAUUGUACAAUUUUAACGAAAAUGAAGCAAAGGAUAUCUUUUCCCUUAGAAAUAGUAUGAUGUUAAAACAACAAAAUUUGCAAUGCGAUGUUGACAAUGCUGAUAAUGAUAAUAACCAUAUGGUUAAUUACACCGUUUCUACAGAUGAAAAGCAAAUUAAUGAUUUUAAAAAUUAUAAAAUAAGACAAAAAAAUAUGAAAACACAAAAUGGAAUAAGCCUAAAUAAAUACAAUCUCACAUUUAAUGAUGUCACUUUAUUUGCUCCCUCAAUUCAUAACAAUAGAAAUGUUAUUAUUGUGCAAAAUAGUGUACAUAUAAAGAAUAAAUUCGUUUUAAAAAAAAAAGAAAAAAAUAAUAAUACAGAUAUAUAUAAUAAAACAAUUCGGCUUUACGACAAAAUAUUCAUUUAUUUUUUAAAUAAUAUAUGCUUUUCACAUCACAGUAGAAAUCCUAUUUUGAAAAAUAUAAAUAUAUUAUUAAUUUAUUAUAGAAAUGUUAUUUACAAAUCAAAUAGCUUUGCUAUGUUUAUAUAUGCUACUGGGAAUGCAUAUAUAUCCCCUAAAAGUUACACACUUUUUCAAAAUGUAAUGGUUGAAAAUUUUCUUAACAACAAUGUGGAAUAUUUUGAGAAAAGACAAUACAUAAAGGAUCCAAGAUAUAUUGAAAAUAAAUAUAAAAGAAAUGGAAUGAUAUAUAAUAAAAAAAAUUGCAAAAAUAUUGAAAAAUGGAAAAGUGAAAAAAAAGACAAAUUAAAAAAAAAUCUUAAAAUCGUUAUACAUUUGAUAGAUAUACAUAUAUUUUUAGAAAGUGAUAAAUUUAAUAGCAGAAUAAGUUACAUUUUUAUUAAAUAUUGCUUGAUAAAUAUUUUUAGAUAUGUAAAUGACAACAAUAAAAUGAUAACAAAUAUAAAAUCAGUUACACCUCUUAUUUUAAACUAUACUUACAAAUACCCAUAUGAUGUAAUUGUUUAUUAUAAAAAAAUAAAAAAUAAAAAAAGUUAUUUAAAAUAUUUGUUAAAUAUGAAAGAUAUAAAAAAUGAAGAAAAUGUCAGUACAUUUAGCUCAUUUAUUAACACAAAAAUUAAUAAAUAUAAUAAUUUACUAAUUACAAAAAAAAAUAAAAUUGUUGAAAUUUUUUAUUAUAGAUAUAAAAGUGACAUUAUUGGGUGUAAUGUAGAAAAUCAUAUAUUUAUUAAAAUGAAAAAAAUUUAUAUAAUAACUGAUAUAUUUCAGUUAUUUAAUUUUUAUAAUUUAUAUUUUGUUGAUGAAAAAAAUUUGUUUAUAUAUACAUUUGAGAAGUACCUUCAAAAAGAAUAUUAUUCUAAUUCCAUGAAAAAUAAAAAAAUAAUAACAUGGGCCACAUAUAGAAAUACACAAGAUAGUUCUGACGAUACUUUUAUUGAAGAAGAUAACACAGAUUACCUUGUAAAAAAAAAAAUAAAUAUUUUAAAAAAAACAGAAAAAAUAAAAAGACCUAACAAUUAUCUUAUUUAUUUCUACGAAAACAUGGUGAAGUUUUUAACACCCAAUGAUUUUAGCUCCUAUGAUUAUUUAGUACAUACUAAUAAUAUAUACAAAAUUAAUUUAUAUGCUGAACAUGCUCAUUUAUUUGUAAAUUUAUUAUUAUAUGAACAUUUACUGAAAUAUAAAAAUGAGUAUAAUGUCGAACAAUCAGCUAAAAUUGAAAAAUCAAACCAAUUUUGUAUCAUUUACAAAGGGUGUGUAAAUUUUCUUCUAUUGUUCAAUUUGAGAAAAAGUUUAUUUUUUGAAUUUUUUAAAAAAAAAAAACAUAUUAUUUUCAACAAUUAUUUUUUUGACAAAAUUAUGAAAAACGACCUGACUUGUUCAGAAAAUAUAUCCCAAUUAUCUCGCUCCGAAAAAAAAACAAAAUUGUCUUGCCCUUCAAAACAAUUGAAUUUUUUGCGUUCGUCUUUUUAUCCAAACAACUACAUAAGUGAUGAAUUAGAAGAAACAAUAUUUUUCAAAUGGAAAAUAAAUAAAAAAAAUAAUUUGUAUUUAUUAAAUAAUUCAAAUUUUUAUUGUAUAAGCAAAAAUAUUAAUAUAGAUAUGUACGUAAAAAAAGAAAAGGUAAUUUAUUUUAAUAACAAUAUUAAAGUAACAAAAUAUAAUAAGUUUUAUUUUAAUAAUAUUUUCCUGAAUGAUGUAAUGAAUAAAAAUAUAGGAUCGAGUCAUGUUAAUGGAAAUGAUUUAUUUGAUAUAAAAAUAAGCAUGGAUAUAUCUCAAAAAAAACAGACAAAUAUAGAUAGCCUUAGAAAUGUAUUUAAAAAUUAUAAUAGUUUAUUUCCAAUUGAUAGUACAAAUUAUGUCAUAGAAGAAAUGAUCAAAAUGGAAAACGAAAAUGAAAAUGGAAAUGAAAACCUGUUUGAAAACCUGAAUGGAGCUGUUUUAUAUGAUAAGAAUAUAAAUGUGGAAUUUUGUGAAUUAAAUAAUGGUUGCCAAAAUAAACACGAGAAUGAAAAUAUAACUUAUAAUGAUAUAAAAAAUGAAAAAAUGUUUUCAUCACCGAAAUAUAUAAAUGUGAAUAUAAAACAUUUCAAAAUAAAAAUAAGAUUAAAAGAUAUAAUAUAUAUAUUAAAAAAAAUAUAUGAACUAAAUUAUUGUUUGAAUUAUUAUGAAGAAAUAAAUUUAAUUCUGUAUAAACAAUGUGAAAAAAAUAUAAUAAAAAAUAGUUAUGUCUAUAAAUUAAAAAAAAGAAAAAAAGAAAAAACAUAUUUAACAAUGCUUUUUAAUAUAGUAAUAAAUAAUUUGAAUAUCGAGUUGUUUGAAACAAUGCAUUAUUAUAGAUAUAGAGAAUUUAAGAAAAUAAAAAUUGCCCAAAUAAAUAUAAAAGGAAAUUGUAAAUAUAUUUCUUCAUAUAAUAAAAAUGAGGUAAUAAUAAAAAGACAUGAUUUAAAUUGUAUUUAUGAUUUUAAUUUUUUUAAAAAUAACAUAUCUGAAAAUUUUGUAAAAAAUGUGCAAAUACACUUUGUUUGGGUAAAGUCAAAAGAUGAAAAUAAUUUUUUUUUUGUUUUUAAAAAUAAACCUAUCAAUAUAUUUUUAAGUAAAAAUAUUUUCAGAAAAAUUAUGUAUCUUUAUGAAGAAAUCAUAAAUAAUUGGUGUAAAAAUAAUGAGAUAUUUAAUAAUAUUAAAAAAAGAUAUAAUGAUAUGGAAACUGAAAAUUUAGGAUAUAAAAAAAACAACAUUCUAGAUUUUUAUAACGAUAAAUCAGUAAUAAUAAAUAAAAUCCAAGAAAAGGUAUUUUCCUAUCAAAAUAAAGAGAUUUUAAAAAAUAAAGAAAAAAAAAAUAAAACAGAAAUAUUUCAUUUAAAAUGUGGAGAAUAUAUUUUAUUUUUACCAGAAUGCAAAAAAUACGUAAAGAAUAACAAUAUAUUAUUAUAUAAUGAUUGUGGAUUUUAUAAUUUAAUUUCAAAUGUAUGUAUACACAAUAAUACAAAUUUAGACAUUAUAUUUUUACACAAAUGUUAUAAAUAUUAUAAAUAUUUUUUAUAUGCUAAAAAAAAAACAUAUAUAAGUUCCUAUGAUCUUGAAAAUGAUUCAUUUUUUUUAUUUAUUUUUUACAAAAAAAAAUUAUAUAUGUCUUAUUCUUUUUCAAAGGAAGUAUUACAAGGUAAUGAAUCAAAUGGGUAUAACUUUUAUUCAAAUAUUAAUAUUAACAAAAUUAAGAAAGAAUGCAUGUUUGGUGUAGAUCCGAAUGGUAAUGUUAAAAAUAGUAAUGCACUUCGUAUCUUUAAAAAAAUAUUGCACUUUAAAAAUGUUGAAUAUCUACAAUUUGAUAACACAAAUAUAUAUAAUCAAUCUGAAAAAAACAAAAAUAAAAAAGGUAUUUCUAUUCAAAAUUUGUACAAAAAUAUUCAAAGAAAAUACAUAAAAAUUAUAUCAAAUAAUUAUGGUGAAAAUGACAAUAUAAAAAUAAAUGAAAAUAAUGAAAAUCUUGUCUUAAAUAUUAUUUUAAUUCAAAAUUACAAAAAUUUGUAUAUAUAUAUAGAUAAAAUUAUAACUUUAAAGAAUCUGCUUCCUCUACAAAUUUGUUAUAAUGUUCAAGGAACUAAAUGUGUAAUAAAUAAAUAUAAAACUAAAGAAAUAUAUUUCAAAAAUAUAAACUUAAAUGAUAACCAUAAUAUUUUGGUAGGAAAUAAGUUAAAAGUCGUAAACAGCGAAAAACAAAACAAAAGUGUUUCAAAAAAUUUGAUAGAAAACGAUAAAAAUGUGGAUAAAAUAAAAGAGUUUCCAAACAAUGCUGCAUAUUAUAUUAAUGUAAUAAAAAAAAAUAAUUCUAUUAUAUUUACAUGUCAAACUCUAAUAUGUUUGUACAGCUUUUCAGAGCAUUAUAUAGAAAUAAAUAAAAAAAAAAUAUUUUUUUUUAACAGCUCUGUAAAUAAUACAAAAGAUAUAACUAUACCAAGUAUAUAUAACAUAAAAAAUAUGAAAUGUUUUAUGGGCGUUUUUAACGAACCUUUUGAAAAUGUUAUUUUCGAAAAACAUCAAAUUAAUAAUAUCACUCAAAGGAAAUUUAAUGAUAUUUGUCUUAUAGACACAAUUGAAAAUAAUAAAUAUUUGUUUUUUUAUAAAAUAGAUUUAUUAAAUACUCAAAAUAAUAAGAAACAAAAUAUGGGAUGUGAAUAUUAUCAUAAUGUUUUAUCUAUAUAUCCUAAAUACAUUAUACAAAAUGAAUCAAAAGUAGAUAUAUGGAUGUUUUCGAUUUUUAACGAAUUUGAAAUCUAUAAAAUUGAACGAUGUUCAACUAAAGUCAUUAAUACAAUAUUAGACAAUGGAAAUAAAAAUAAUUUACUUUUUUUUUUUAAGAUUAAGAAUAGAAAUGAUAAAAAUAAUAAUUAUUUGGAUGUAUGUGGUCCAAUAAAUAUAGAAAAAGAAGGUUCAUAUAUUUUUUCUCUUAAAAAAAAUAAUCCAAUAUUAACUAAUUCUGGCCAAAAUAAACAAAUUAAGAAUUUUCACAAUUUUUUGAAUUUAAAAUUUAGAAUUCAUAAAGGUGAAACGUGUAAAUAUUUUACUGAACCAUUUAAUAAUUCAACUUUUAUAAAAAUAAAUAAACAUAAAACCAACAAAAAAAAACUCGAAAAAUAUAUUACAUAUAUAAAUAAUAAUAGUAAUAUAACAUAUAAAAUACCUGGAAAAAAUAAUAUUAUGAAUAUAUAUAAAUAUAUAGAAAAAAAUGAACAAAUUAAAAAAAUAUACUUAUAUAAUAAUACUGGUUAUGGAGUAAUAAUAGAUAUUAUGCAUUAUAUUGAGCUUAUUUAUAUUAUAAAAAAUGAAAUGAAAAAAGAUAAAGAUAUCAUAAAAUUUGCUGAAAUCGAAUCAGUUAGUUUUUCUUACCUUAACAAUGAAUUUGAUAAAGACAAUGCCAGAACACACCAUUCAUUGAUAUAUAAUAACUCUGAAAAGGAAAAUAAUAGUGAAAAAGAAAAAAAUAAUAAUGAAAUAGACAAGAAUAAUACAUUUGAAAAAAUAACAAAAGAUGAUAUAAAUAAUAUAUUAAAUAAUAAACAUUUAAUACAUGAAUAUUUAAAAAAAAAUAAACAAAAUUUUAGAUAUCUAAAAAAAAAUAGUAUUUUACUUUUUCCAUUACGAAAAAAUAAAAAUAUAAAAAAUUUUUUUUUACUUUUAUAUCCAUUUAAACAAACAAACAAUAUUCACAUUUGUAGAGUAUCAUUGGAAAAAAAAAUAAAUAUAGUAAAAUUUGUUGAAAAUAAUAAAUCUAUAUUUUUCGAAUUUUGUAUUAUUCAAAAAAAAAAAAAAAUUUUAAUAAAAUUUUCACAAUAUUUAGACAAUGUUGUACAAAUAAAAGGGAAAGUAAAUUUGAAUUUAUUGUCUAUGCAAAAUAUGAAAAAUAAACAGAUUAAAGCAGAACAUUACAAUAUAGAAAAAGAAAAAAAAAAUAACAAUAUAGACAUUUAUAAUAAUUCAAAUAAUGUUAAAAAAAUCCAAAACAAUUUUUUCAAUUACAUUUUAAAUAAUAAAAAAUAUAUUACAUUAUUUAUGAGAUCCUUUAACAAGAAUAGAGAUUUAUCGCUUGAAAUAAUUAUAGACAUAUUUGAGAUAAAUAAAAAUGAUAAUUUAUUUUGUAGAUUUAAAAACAGAAAAAAUACAAAUUUAAGCAAAGUUAAGAAACAUGAAAAAUACCGAAUUAUGCGUACAAUUUAUUGUUAUGAAACUUUCACAAAACACAAUAAAAAUUGUAUAAAUAUAAAAUAUCAUAAAGAUAUAAAACAGUUUAAUAAUAAAAAGAAUAGAAAUAUAAAUAGAAAUAAGAAAAAAAAAUUACCUCGUAUUAUUCAUCAUAUUAAUAAGGAUGUAACAUUUUCUGAACACGUUAAAAAAAAUAAAAUAAUUUUUUCAAAUCAAAAAAAUGAAGAAAGAAAAAAAAAUUCGAAUUGUUAUAUAAUACUAAAUAACGAUAUAAACAUAAAUAUAUUUUCAUCAAUUUUAAUAAAAAAUGUUGAUAUUUCUAAACUGUAUUAUAGUAAUAAAAGGCCGAUGCCACAUGACCAUGUAAACUGUAUAGAAUAUACAAGCACUGAUAAAGAAAAUGAUAAUGAAAAUGAUAAUGAAAAUAAUGAUAUAUAUCACGAAGAAAAAUUCAGCAAAUAUUUAUUUAAAAAAAAAAAAAAUGCACACAUAUAUACAGUGAGCUUAACAAAUUUAAAUAUUUAUUUUAAAAAAAGCAAAACUAAUACUAAUGAUUCUCAAAAUCGAUUUUAUUUAAAUAUAGAUAAUUUGUCUAUAGUCGAUUUUUCAACAAAUGUUGUAAAAAAAAUUUUAUUUAAAAGUUGUCAAAAUAAUAUAAUAGACGAAAAGGGUAACCAAAAUGCACAACUCGAUAUAAAAGAUAUUAAACAAAAUAAUGAAAAUAAGUUCAUAACGUUUGAUAUAAUAUAUAAAAUGAGUUUCAAUUCUUUGUUUAUUCAAAAGUUUGAAUUAUUAUUUUUUUGUCCAUUACACAUAUACUUAUCAUUAGUAAGCAUAGAAAAUUUCAAUUAUUGUUAUAAAAAAUUUUUAAAAAAAAAAGAAAAAAUUAAAAGUGUCACAAAAGAAAAUAAACUAUCAUUUUGUUUUAAUCCAAGAAAUAGUAAUACUAACAAAGAAAGAUGGAUUUACAAACUUUUGAAAUGUCAAAAUAAAUAUGCUAAACAAUCUUUAAAAUUUAACACAUGUUAUAAAGCUAUUUACAAUAUUAAUGAUACAGGAAAAGAAAUAAAAAUAAAAAUAUAUAAUUUAAAAAUAAGUAAUAUAAAUAUUGUCUUUUCAUUUUCAAACAAAAAUAUAUAUAAUAUAGAACGAUAUAAAAAUGAAAAUAAAAUAUUUAAAACUAGAAAUAUAGAUCUAAAUGAUGAUUCAAAUAAUUUUUUUUUCAACUUUAAACUAGCAUUUUUAAAUAAAAUAAAAAAUGCAAAUUUUGAAAUAAAUUCAUUACAUUUAAAAAAAAUAAAAGAAAAAAAUAUAUUAGAAUUUAUAAAUUAUAUAUUAGAUUAUUAUAUAAAAGAAUUAUACAAAAAUCUAUUUUUUUAUAUGACAAAAAUGAAUAUAAUAAACAAAUACAUUUUUAAUUAUUCUAACCUUUUUAAUGAACUUAUGGAUAAAAAAAAUAUAUUUAAUUUCGUAGACAUAACAUCAGGUCUUAAAUAUUUAACAAAUGAAAUUCAUGAAAAAAGUAAUGUCUAUUUAGAAAACAUAAAUAUAUUUUCAGGAUCUAUAGGAUUUCAAAAUGAUUCAAAAGUAAAACCUUUAGUUAAAAAACUCAGACAAACAAACGAAACGUUAACUAGUAUGAAUAUAAAUCAAAAUAAUUUAGGGAAAAAUUAUAGUAGAAUAAACAUGUCAUUAAAAAGAAAACGAAAUAAAAGUGCAGAAAAUGAAAAAGAAAAUAUUUAUAAUAACAAUGAUCAUAUUUUCACAAACUUUGAAAAUAUGAUUGUUUUAAGUGAUUCAAAUUAUUGUAUAUAUAGAAAAAAAAAAUCAAAAAUAAAUAAAAUUAAUAAUAAAUUAUUUUAUUUUAACAAUGAUAAAAAAGUAUUUAUUUUUGAUGAUAAUCAAACAAACUAUAAUAAUAUCGAUUAUAAUUUUAAAGAAAUGUAUAAAUCUGAUCAAAAAAAUAACAUCAUUUCAAAUUCAAAACAAGUUAUAAUAAAAACACAAAAAAAAGAAACUUCAAAUAAUUUUAACAUUUUUAAUAGUGCAAUUAAAAAUAUAGGAAAAGAUAUAAUGUCUAGUAUCAAUUAUUACCUUUAUGAUAAUAAUGAAAAUGAUUUAAAAAAAAAAAAAAAAAUUAUUUUAGAUUAUUUUUGUGAAAAAGCCCAAAAUUUAUCUCAAGACAUCAAACAUAAUCCUUCAGAUGAGAGAAAGAUAAAUGAAAUAGAAGUACGAAAAUUUACAACAUAUACUACAAUUUACAAAAAAAGGCAAAUCAAAUACGAUAGUAGCCCGUUCAGAAUAUGCAAUUUCUUGGAUUAUCCAUUAAUAAAAAGACUAUUUAUCGAGAAUUACCUUAAUGACACAGAAGAAAAAUUGCUACUUAUAUUUUGUGAUGAAUAUAUAAUAAAUUUAAAUAAUGAAAAUAGAAUAAUUAUAAAAAAGAAAAAUAUAAUUAAGAUCGAGAUUGUUUGCAAAUAUUUUAAUUUAAUUUUUGAAAAGGACAAAAGUUUAAUGCAUAAUAUAAAAAAUAUAAUUAAAAAAAAUAAUCAGAAUUUUUUAGGCUACUAUUUUGAUGUCUUAUUUAAAAAAAAAAUAAAAAAUGAAAAAAAAUUAAUUCAUAAAAUAAAGAAAAAUAAAAUAAGAAUUAUUUAUUUCUUAUAUUAUAUUUUUUAUUUUAUUUACAACUAUGAUCAACGUCUUAAAAAAAUUACUAAAUCUUAUUCUUUACAUCAAGAAAAUAUAAAACCUACUAUUAUAAUAUUUGAAACCACAAAAAAAGUUUUCUUUUCUUUUUCAUCAAUUAUAUAUUUAAAUAUGUUUUAUUUUAAUCUUAGAGAUUUUAUUUUUAGUUUUUUAAAACAGUCAUAUUAG